UCCCGUGCCCCCCUCCACAACGACUCUCCUUUCGACUCGGAGGAGGAACCCGGCGGCCGCCCAGCUGUGCAUUUGUAGCUAUUACCCAAGAUGGAGGUUUGCUGAUGGCAGUAGCAUCUAGGAGCGAUCCUGCCCGCCCCUGUGUCUUGGCCGACGCUUUCCGAAAGCGAACAGAUUUUUUACAUUGAUAACGUUGGCAGGAAUUACCCCACCGCAUUGAGAAUUUAGUUGGGCCACCAUCAUGAGCUCUGGGGACGGAGCGGAGGAGACGUCAAAGGACGCGGCCGAUAUAGCGGCGUUCUUUAAAUCUGAUGGUUCCCUCCCAAAAGAGCCCAAAGGAGACUUGUCCAGUCGGCUACCAGGUUUUCGUAAAAAUGAAGACAUGAGAGCGAUGGAGGUGUUGCCUAUUCUAAAGGAAAAAGUUGCCUUCUUAUCAGGGGGCAGAGACAGACGCGGUGGUCCAGUGUUAACGUUUCCAUCACGCAGUAAUCACGACAGAAUACGAGCUGAUGACCUCCGAACUCUCAUAGCAUACCUUGCUGGCAUCCCCAAUGAGGAGGUGAUCCAGCAUGGCUUCACAGUCAUAGUAGACAUGCGAGGCAGUAAAUGGGACAGUAUCAAAUCUCUACUGAAGAUCCUCCAGGAGUCGUUCCCCUGCUGUAUACACAUAGCGCUCAUCAUCAAACCAGACAACUUCUGGCAGAAACAACGCACCAACUUCGGCAGCUCCAAGUUCGAAUUUGAGACCACCAUGGUGUCGUUGGAGGGUCUAUCUAAGGUGGUUGACCCCUCCCAGCUGACCUCUGACUUCGAGGGAAGUCUAGAAUACAACCAUGACGAGUGGAUCGAGGUGCGGGUUGCGUUUGAAGAGUUUACGGGGCACGCGGGUCACAUGUUGUCGAGGCUGGAGGAGAUGCAGGAGGUGGUGGCGAGGAAAGACUUCCCCACGGACCUGGACGGGGCGCGGCGCAUGAUAGAGGAACACGCCACGCUGAAGAAGAAGGUCAUCAAAGCUCCUAUAGAGGAACUGGAUACGGAGGGACAGAGGUUGCUGCAGCGUAUCCAGAGCAGUGAGUCGUACAGGAACUCUAACGCCAGUGGUGUGUGUAACGCUGACACCCAGGGGCUGGUGCCACGCGUCGCCACCCUGCUGGACAAACUCCACAGCACACGACAACACCUCCACCAGGCCUGGCACAUCAGGAAACUCCAGCUGGACCAGUGUUUCCAGCUCCGCCUCUUCGAACAGGAUGCUGAGAAGAUGUUUGAUUGGAUAAUGGCCAACAAGGGUCUGUUCCUGGCCGGCUACACCGAGAUCGGCAACACCCACCCACACGCCAUGGAGCUACAGACGCAGCACAACCACUUUGCUAUGAACUGCAUGAACGUGUAUGUGAACAUCAACAGGAUAAUGUCAGUGGGUAACAGGCUAUUGGAGUCUGGUCACUAUGCCUCGGUGCAGAUUAAACAGAUUUCAGGUCAGCUGGAAGCGGAGUGGAAAGCCUUCGCUGCUGCCCUGGACGAACGCAGCACACUGCUGGAGAUGUCUGCCGCCUUCCACCAGAAAUGUGACCAGUACAUGGGUAAUGUGGACUCGUGGUGUAAAGCGUGUGGAGAGGUGGAUCUACCCUCGGAGCUCCAGGACCUAGAGGAUGCUAUCCACCACCACCAGGGCCUCUAUGAACACAUCACUGCUGCCUACUCAGAGGUCAGUCAGGACGGUAAGGCCCUAUUGGAUAAGCUCCAGCGCCCGCUGACCCCGGGGGGGGCUGAUUCGCUAACGGCCUCGGCCAACUACAGCAAGGCGGUGCACCAUGUGCUGGAUGUGAUACACGAGGUGCUGCACCACCAGAGACAACUGGAGAAUAUCUGGCAACACCGCAAAGUCCGCCUGCAUCAGAGGCUCCAGCUGUGUGUGUUCCAGCAAGACGUACAGCAGGUUCUGGACUGGAUAGAGAACCACGGGGAGGCGUUCCUCAGCAAACACACAGGCGUUGGGAAGUCCCUCCAUCGAGCCAGAGCGCUACAGAAACGACACGAGGACUUCGAGGAGGUCGCCCAGAACACCUAUACUAACGCUGACAAGCUGCUGGAGGCAGCAGAGCAGCUGGCCCAGACAGGAGAGUGUGACCCAGAGGAGAUCUACCAGGCAGCCCACCAGCUGGAGGACCGGAUCCAGGACUUUGUCAGGAGGGUGGAGCAACGCAAAGUCCUGCUGGACAUGUCUGUCGCCUUCCACACACACGUCAAAGAGCUGUGGACGUGGCUGGAGGAGCUGCAGAAGGAGCUGUUAGAUGAUGUGUAUGCUGAGUCUGUGGAGGCGGUGCAGGAUCUGAUCAAACGCUUCAGCCAACAGCAGCUGACCAUCCUGCAGGUCACUGUCAACGUCAUCAAGGAGGGAGAGGACCUCAUCCAGCAGCUCAGGGACUCUGCUAUCUCCAGUAACAAGACUCCCCACAACAGCUCCAUCAACCACAUAGAGAGUGUGUUACUGCAGCUGGACGAGGCCCAGGCUCAGAUGGAGGAGCUGUUUCAGGAGAGGAAGAUCAAACUAGAACUCUUUCUACAACUACGCAUCUUUGAAAGGGACGCCAUCGAUAUCAUCUCAGACCUGGAGUCGUGGAACGAGGAGUUGACUGUUCAGAUGAGUGAGUUUGAUACAGAGGACCUGACCCUGGCAGAACAGAGACUCCAGCACCACGCUGACAAGGCCCUGACCAUGAACAACCUGACCUUUGACGUCAUCCACCAGGGACAGGAACUACUGCAGUACGUCAACGAAGUACAGGCCUCUGGUGUAGAGUUGCUGUGUGACAGGGAUGUGGACAUGGCUACUCGUGUUCAGGACCUGCUGGAGUUCCUCCAUGAGAAGCAGCAGGAGUUGGACGUAGCAGGCGAACAACACAGGAGACACCUGGAGCAGUGUGUACAGCUGAGACACCUACAGGCCGAAGUCAAACAGGUCCUAGGAUGGAUCCGUAAUGGGGAGUCUAUGUUGAAUGCUGGUCUGAUCACAGCUAGUUCUCUACAGGAAGCAGAACAGCUACAGAGAGAACACGAACAGUUCCAGCAUGCCAUUGAGAAAACCCACCAGAGUGCUCUGCAGGUGCAGCAGAAGGCUGAGGCACUACUCCAGGCCAACCACUAUGACAUGGACCUGAUCAGAGACUGUGCUGAGAGUGUAGCGUCCCACUGGCAGCAGCUCAUGUUGAAGAUGGAGGACAGGCUGAAACUGGUCAACGCCUCUGUAGCCUUCUACAAGACCUCUGAACAGGUGUGCAGUGUGUUGGAGAGCCUGGAGCAGGAGUAUAAGAGGGAAGAGGACUGGUGUGGGGGGGCUGAUAAACUGGGUCCUAACUGUGAGUCAGACCACGUCACCCCCAUGAUCAGCAAACACCUGGAACAGAAAGAGGCCUUUCUCAAGGCAUGUACCCUGGCCAGACGUAAUGCUGAUGUGUUCCUGAAGUACAUGCACAGGAACAGUGUUAACAUGCCUGGGAUGCUCAGCCAUGUCAAGGCACCGGAACAACAGGUCAAGAACAUCCUGAAUGAGUUGUUACAGAGAGAGAACCGUGUUCUCCACUUCUGGACCAUGAGGAGACGACGGUUGGACCAGUGUCAGCAAUACGUGGUGUUUGAACGCAGUGCCAAACAGGCUCUGGAGUGGAUCCAUGACACGGGAGAGUUCUACCUGUCAACACACACCUCCACCGGCUCCAGUAUCCACCACACACAGGAGCUGCUGAAGGAGCACGAAGACUUCCACAUCACAGCCAGGCAAACCAAAGAGCGUGUGAAGCUGCUGAUCCAGCUAGCAGAUGGUUUCUGUGAUAAGGGCCAUAGUCACGCUGUGGAGAUAAAGAAGUGGGUGACGGUGGUGGACAAACACUACAGAGACUUCUCCCUGCGUAUGGACAAGUACCGGACCAGUCUGGAGAAAGCACUGGGCAUCUCAUCUGACUCUAACUCUAAGGCUAGUAAGGACCUUCAGUUGGACAUGAUCCCGGCUACACCUCAAGGGUCAGACAUCAAGCUGAGAGAUGCGGCUCACGAUCUCAACGAGGAGAAACGCAAGUCCGCUCGCAGGAAGGAGUUCAUCAUGGCUGAACUGAUUCAGACAGAGAAGACCUACGUCAGAGACCUAAGGGAGUGUACGGAUACGUACCUGUGGGAGAUGACCAGUGGGGUAGAGGAGAUCCCUCCUGGCAUCGUCAACAAGGAACACAUCAUCUUUGGGAACAUGGUGGACCUCUAUGAGUUCCAUCACAAUAUCUUCCUCAAAGAGCUGGAGAAAUAUGAACAGCUACCAGAAGAUGUGGGCCACUGCUUCGUCACCUGGGCUGAUAAGUUCCAGAUGUAUGUGAACUACUGUAAGAACAAACCAGACUCCACCCAGCUCAUCCUAGAGCAUGCCGGACCCUACUUUGACGAGAUCCAGCAGCGGCACCGAUUAGCAAACUCCAUCUCCUCCUACCUGAUCAAGCCUGUUCAGCGAAUCACCAAGUACCAGCUCCUGCUCAAGGAGCUGCUGACGUGCUGUGAGGAGGGGAAAGGAGAGAUUAAGGAUGGACUGGAAGUCAUGCUCAGUGUCCCCAAGAGAGCCAACGACGCCAUGCACCUCUCAAUGCUGGAGGGUUUCGAUGAGAACAUUGAAUCUCAGGGAGAGCUGAUCCUGCAGGAGUCAUGCCAGGUAUGGGAUCCUAAGACUCUGAUCCGUAAGGGUCGCGAGCGGCACCUCUUCCUCUUCGAGAUGUCCCUCGUCUUCAGCAAGGAGGUCAAGGACUCCAACGGACGGAGCAAGUACAUGUACAAGAGCAAACUCUACACGUCAGAGUUGGGGGUAACAGAGCAUGUUGAGGGAGACCCCUGUAAGUUUGCUCUGUGGGUGGGACGCACCCCAACCUCCGACAACAAGAUUGUACUCAAGGCGUCGAGCAUUGAGAACAAGCAGGAUUGGAUCAAACACGUCAGGGAGGUGAUCCAGGAGCGAACCAUCCACCUGAGAGGAGCUCUGAAGGAACCCAUACACAUCCCUAAGUCUGCCACCGCCAAGCACCACAAGGGACACCGCAGGGAUGGAGAGGACUUGGACAGCCAGGGUGAUGGCAGCAGCCAACCAGACACCAUCUCUAUCGCUUCACGCACCUCACAGAACACACUGGACAGCGACAAGCUGUCUGGUGGCUGUGAGCUGACCGUGGUGAUCCAUGACUACAUGGCUGGUAACAGCAACGAGCUGACUGUCCGGAGGGGCCAGACUGUGGAGGUGCUGGAGAGGUGCCAUGACAAGCCUGACUGGUGUCUGGUGAGGACCACGGACCGCUCCCCUGCCCACGAGGGACUGGUACCCUGCGCCAUGCUCUGCAUCGCCCACUCACGCUCCUCCAUGGAGAUGGAGGGGAUAUUCAACCAUAAAGACACUCUAUCAGUCUGUAGUAAUGACUCCAUCAUGCCAGGCUCCUCUGCCACUCUGCAGCCUGGGCAUCAUGGCAUGGGCUCACACACCUCGCCAGGGCCCAAACGACCUGGUAACACCCUGCGUAAGUGGCUGACCAGCCCAGUGCGUCGCCUGAGCAGUGGCAAGGCAGACGGGCACGUCAAAAAGCUGGCGCACAAACAGAAGAAGAACCGCGAGGUGAGGAAGAGUGGUGAGAUGACGGGCAGCACCCAGAAAGACUCUGAUGACAGCGCCGCUACACCCCAGGAUGAGACUGUGGAGGAGAGGGUGCGUAACGAGGGGCUCUCCAGUGGGACCCUGUCCAAGUCCUCGUCCUCUGGGAUGCAGAGCUGUGGAGAGGAGGAAGGCGAGGAGGGUCCUGACUCUGUACCCCUACCGCCCCCCAUGGCCAUCCAGCAGCACAGCCUACUGCAGCCUGACACACAGGACGACAACAAGAGCUCCUCUCGUCUGUCCGUCCGUCCAUCCAGUUCUGAGACACCCAGUGCAGCAGAGCUGGUGAGCGCCAUCGAGGAACUGGUCAAGAGCAAGAUGGCUUUAGAGGACCGGCCCAGCUCUCUCUCAGUAGAACAGAGGGAUAGCAGCUCUCCCUCCUUCAACCCCUCCGACAACUCCCUUCUUUCAUCCUCCUCUCCCAUCGAUGAGAUGGAGGAGCGCAAGACUGGCUUCCUCAAGAGACGGCAUUAUGUGUUGUUGGAGCUGGUGGAGACUGAGAGGGACUACGUCAGAGACCUGGGCGUGGUGGUGGGGGGCUAUAUGACGCGGAUGAAGGAGGAAGGGGUACCAGAUGAUAUGAAGGGGAAAGACAAGAUCGUCUUUGGAAACAUCCACCAGAUCUAUGACUGGCACAGAGAUUUCUUCAUGGGAGAGUUAGAGAAGUGUCUGGAAGACCCUGACCGACUUGGGCCGCUGUUCGUCAAACAUGAGCGGAGGCUCCACAUGUACGUAGUGUACUGUCAGAACAAGCCUAAGUCAGAGCUCAUCGUAUCAGAGUACAUCGACACCUACUUCGAAGACCUGAAACAACGUCUCGGUCACCGUCUCCAGAUCACUGACCUCCUCAUCAAACCCGUCCAGAGAAUCAUGAAGUACCAACUACUGCUCAAGGACUUCCUCAAAUUCUCUAAAAAGGCAGGGUUGGAUUCAGUUGAGUUGGAGAAAGGAGUGGAGAUCAUGUGCAUCGUACCAAAGAGAUGCAACGAUAUGAUGAACGUGGGGCGGCUCCAAGGAUUUGACGGUAAGAUUGUGGCCCAAGGUCGUCUGCUGCUUCAGGAUACCUUCAUGGUAUCAGACCCCGAGGAGGGAGUAGGAAGGAUGAGGGAGAGAAGGGUCUUCCUCUUCGAACAGGUCGUCAUCUUCAGUGAACCACUAGACAAGAAGAGAGGUUUCUCCAUGCCUGGCUUCCUAUAUAAGAAGAGCAUCAAGGUCAGUUGUCUCGGGUUGGAGGACAGUGUGGACGGUGACCCCUGUAAGUUUGUGUUGACGUCUCGGGUGACCAAUAGCAGCAUAGAAUCCUUUGUCCUCCACUCCUCCCACCUGGGUGUCCGGCAGGUCUGGACCCUUCAGAUCAGCCAGAUACUGGAGAGCCAACGCAACUUCCUCAAUGCUCUGACCUCCCCUACAGAGUACCAGAGGAACCAUGUAGGGGCUAGCGACGGACCAUGUCUACCCAGCGGCGGAGCUCCAUCAGUGGGGAGCGUCAUGCCCAGUUUGGCCCCUGUUGGAGCUCUACAGGGUGUGCAUCUAUCUGGGCCGCUCGGUGGAAGUGGGCCCCUCGCUGUUGGUAGUCCCCUUGUUGGAGGUGCUCCCCAGGGUGGAGCUGGCUCAUCCAGGAGGCCCUCCAGGAUCCCCCAGCCCUCCCGCCUGCCCCAGCCCUUACGACACCCACACAACCCUGGGGCCACAGACUCAGAUGGCCCCAACAAGAUGUCAGGUAGGCUGAGGCUCUCCCAGUAUUACAGAGGGAGUCCCCAUUCUGUCUCCCCUAUCCCCCGGGCCAGUGUGGCCCCCCUCCCUGUACCUGUGGCUCUCUCCACCCCCACCAAGCCUCGGCCGGGCACCAUCUCCCCCAUGGCCUCCCCCAUGGCCACCCCAGCCUUCGGGAAGGACGCGCUCCCCCCUCCCCCCCCCAGCCCUGGCCUGAAGUCUGGCUCUGGUUCCUUCUGGAGCUCCAUGCCUGGUUCUCCAGCUAGCCGGCCUGGCUCCUUCACCUUCCCAGGGGAGGCAGUGGAUACCCUGGGGAGGCAGAACCAAAACACGGGCCAGAUCUCAUCUCAGUCAGGGACCGGGUCCCACAGGAACUCCACCCACAGCAAGGAGGCGGACCGCAUGAGUACGUGCUCAUCGACCAGUGAGCAGUCCAUCCAGUCCACCCAGAGCAAUGGGAGUGAAAGCAGCAGCAGCAGUAGUAUGUCGACCAUGUUGGUGACCCAGGACUACGUGGCCCUGAAGGAGGAUGAGAUCAGUGUGUCCCAGGGAGAGGUGGUUCAGAUCUUGGCCUCUAACCAACAGAACAUGUUCCUGGUGUUCCGGGCCGCUACCGAACAGGGCCCUGCUGCCGAGGGCUGGAUCCCCGGUUUCGUUCUUGGACACACCUCCGCCAUCAUCCCCGACUGCCCAGACGGAACCAUCAAGAAGUCCUCAUCCUGGCACACCACCCUGCGCAUCCGCAAGAAGUCUGAGAGGAAAGAGGAGGGAAAGAAAGAGGGCAAGCUGGAAAACGGUUACAGGAAGUCUAGAGAUGGGCUAUCCAAUAAGGUUUCUGUAAAGCUUCUAAACCCCAACUACAUCUAUGAUGUCUCACCGGAGUUCCUGGUCCCCCUGGGUGAGGUGACGUGUGACAACGGGGAGAGUGUGACUCUGAGGUGUAAGGUGUGUGGCCGACCCAAAGCUACUGUCACCUGGAGGGGACCUGACCAGACCAUCCUGAACAACAACGGACACCACAGUAUCGCCUACAGUGAGACUGGUGAGGCGACCCUGAGGAUAGUAGGCGUGUCUUCGGAGGACGACGGUGUUUACACCUGCGUUGCCGCUAACGACCUGGGCUCUGUGACAACAUCAGCCAGCCUCCGAGUGCUAGUUGUGUCCAGUGAUGGGGUCAGGGUGAGCUGGAAGGACAACUUUGAGUCCCACUACACUGAGGUGGCAGAGCUGGGCAGAGGCCGGUUCUCUGUGGUCAAGCGUUGCGAACACAAGUCAACCAAAUGCACGGUGGCGGUCAAGCUGGUUAAUAAGAAGCUGAUGAAAAGAGACCAGGUGACCCAGGAGCUCAGCCUGCUACAGCAACUACAACACACACACCUGGUCACACUGCUGGACACGUACGAGACCCCCAGCAGCUACGCACUGGUCAUGGAGAUGGUUGAUCAGGGUCGUCUCCUAGACUACAUUGUGAGCUGGGGGAAUCUGACUGAGGAGAAAGUGGCCGGCUACCUACGGAACAUCCUAGAAGCUUUACAUUACCUACACAACUGUAGGAUAGCCCAUCUGGACUUAAAGCCUGAGAACCUGUUGGUGUCCCACACCUCGUCCGGCCAGCCCGUGGUCAAACUGACCGACUUCGGGGACGCCAUCCAGCUCAACAGUGCCCACUACGUCCACCCUCUCCUGGGCAGCCCCGAGUUCGCCUCCCCUGAGCUGGUCGUGGGGGAGCCCGCCGCCCUGACCUCUGACCUCUGGAGCCUUGGGGUUGUGACCUACGUCCUCCUGAGCGGGGCAUCUCCCUUCCUGGACGAGAGCGUGGAGGAGACGUGUCUGAACAUCUGCCGGCUAGACUUCAGCUUCCCCCACCACUACUUCCAGGGCGUCACCCAGGGGGCCCGGGAGUUCGUCUGCCUGCUGCUGAGGGCUGACCCUGCAAGGAGGCCUCCGGCAGGGCUGUGUCUGCAGGAGUCCUGGGUUCAGGGCCAGGCCGGGUUAGCAGACGGCCAGGGUAGGGUGGAGGGGGGGUGUCUGGACACAUCUCGCCUGGUGCUGUUCAUAGACAGAAGGAAGCACCAGACAGACACCAAGCCCAUCGGAGGGGUACAGAGCUUCCUACAGAGCCGGUUACAGCCACGGGCCUGAGCGAGGGUUGGAGAGAGAUGCCCCCUCCCACUCCCAACCACCCUAACCCUGGCUGGAAGGAGAGAACGUCCAGUUCAGAGGAGGCUGGUGGGAGGAGCUUUCGGAAGACGGGAUCAUUGUAAUGCCUGGAAUGGAAUCAAUUCAAUGGUAAUGAACACAUCAAACACAUGGAAAUAACAUGUUUGACUCUGUUUCAUUGAUUCCAUUUCAGACAUUACAUGUCAUUCUAUGGCUCUUCCCACCAGCCUCCUCUGGUCCAGUCCCAAAUAGGGUCCUAGCUUCCCACCCACUAGUUGCUUGUGUAGAUCUUAGAGGAUGGGAUAGGUGAGAGUAAUAUUAUUUCCACCUAUCAUAUCAGAGAACAAGGUGAAGACGGUAUAGAUAUAACCAUAUUGCUUAGACCUAUCCAAUCCUUUCAGAUCUACAUUAAGUGACUAGAAGCGUAGGGUCUAGAGAUUGAUUUGGGAGUCGACAUCUCAAAGAAAAUUAAAUUAAAUUCGCUGAUCUCAUUCUCUUUCAGAUAUGUGGUUUAAAAUAAAACAUCCUGUGGUCCUUCAACCAAUCAAAACCUGAUGCCUGUAGGCGUAGAGGUCCUUAGCCAAUCACUUUUCCCCGAGAGAACACACAUUGAGUUAUCAUCCAAUCAAAACAAGGGUGACAUAAUGUCAUCGCCAGUCUACUGCUGCUUGCUGGUUUACACUCAAAAUUAACUUAUUUUUCCUCUAUCUUACUGAGGGUCAAUCGAUCAACAGAAAGCCUCUUGAUCGAUCUUUAUCGUGUGGAGGAUUUUAUCCCUGAACAAACAAACUGAGCUUUCAGAGGAGAUUUGCUAAGGAAGAUGGUGUUAGUAGACAUAGCAACUAUCCCUUCCCUCUUGUUGCCAGAGAUGGAGAAAGAGAGGUUUUGUUUUUGUGCUUUUACAAUAUAUGACUCAAAAGACUGUUGGGACAUCCCCUUUAUUAUAGAACCAAUGUAUAGAGAGAACAUUGUCCACAACUUUUCAAAAAUGUAUUUGAAAAAAACCAAGAAGAUUGAAGAAAAUGCUCGGCAGUGGAAAGUCGCUACGCUCCUUUAGAGCCUGGAGAGGACUCAUCCAAUGACUGAGCUCCUCCACUUUAUUGAGACAGUUUUAUGUCCAAUCAGAGGUUUUCGAUUGCUGCGCUUACAUACUUAAUCUAAAAAACCAUGACGACGACCAUGUUGCAAGUAACUAUAGAGAUUCUGCUGACUGCUGCAUUGUCUUCAAAACAGAAAAUUAUUUGUUUUUGCUUUUACUUAAACAAAAAUUGUGUUGCGCAGAUUUAAGAUGUUUAAGCCUUACUUUGUAAAUAGACUCUAACUGCCUUCUGUCCCUCCCGUUUCAAACUGGCCGCCUGCUUUUGAGGAUGUUCUUGGAGGCGAGACUAAAAAAUCCUGCAAAUUAAAUGUAGUGGAUUGCCAAUUGAGCGACCGAGCCUGAGUGGCAGCAGAUAUAGCCAAUCAGAUGGAAUGUGAAUGAGGAGGAGGAGGAAGACAGAAUACUAUAAACGCACUAACUGGAUGUUAUGUUUCCCCCAUUCUUAUCAUGUGCAUUGUUGCAGUUUUAACAUUUUAUGCAACUAUUUAUGAAGACAUCUGUUGUACAUGUAAUAAAUGGAGAUAAAAACAUGUACUUGUUACUGCAAGCUCCACUGAUGGUAGUCCUCUUUAUUUGACCUAUAACCCUAUUGGGGUGUUAACUUAUCACCAUAGAAUUAGAAUGAGUAGAACAGCCCUCCCAAUUCAGUCAAUGAAGCCAUAAUGGUUGGACUGGUGGCCAUUUUGAAUGUCUCCAUAAGACAUUAUAGUUCUAUGGUUAUCACUUCCUAGGUAACCUAAUCUUCUGGUGUCGCACUCUACAUUACACUUAUGGCUAAAUCGAUGUAGUUUAUUUUUGAUUUGUUUCUUUUCUACCAGUCUCUCAGAAGAGGCCCAGUGUCCAGUCCCUGCUGUUAGGGAAGUAUAUUGAUUUAUCUGUUAGGAACAUGCAAAACUGGCUUAUUUCUUUCUAGAUGAGAGAGAGGGAUGCUGUGGGAGAGGUGAAGGGAAAGAGAGAGAGGCCCAUUGUCAGGUCACCUGUAGAGUUCCAAACAAUGAAUGUCCUUUAAUUUAUUUAUUAAUCCAUUUUUGUGAAGUUGUACAAAGGUUGAAACAUGAGAAUGUGGAUUGGAUGUAUUUUUUUCCUGUUUCUUUUUUUGUCCCAUCUCAUCCUAUUUUAUACAUAUGUAUUAUGAUUUUAAAUGGUUUUAUUUCACAUGAUUUGUUUAUUUACUUUUGCAUGUAUAUUUCUUUGUACAGAGACCAUGAGUGUUUGUGAUAUGUAUGUCAAUAUUUUCAUUAUUUUUUUGCCAUCAAUUCUUUUGAAAUUAAACAUGGAACAUA